CGCUAGCGGCCCGUAAGACACUAGGCACCCUAGGACGCAGUGCCGCAGCACGGCUCGCGUGUAGAAGUACCUUCUCAUAAGUUCCCAUAGGGAGCACUUGUGGCUUGAUCUCUGCACAUCAGCAACUGCUGAAACAAAGGCCAAUGCCGGACACACCAAGAGAGACGAGGCAUGCGGCUACAGGCUAGGCUGCAAAAACUAGAGGGCAUCGGAUGCGCACUCGUGCCGCGGUGCUGCUCGGCGUCGCCCACGCCUGGCAUCCGGCCGUCCAGGGCGCCUGCACGCGUCAACGCCGGAGCCGCGACGCCGUCGUCUGGCUCGGCCAGCGAAAGCACUCGUCCUACGACGCGAGCCACGGCAACACGUUGAACGCGUCGCUCGCGUCCGUCGUCACCCACUACCGAGCGAUCCGCGCGGCGGACGUGCUGAUCUGGCACGAGGGCGAUUUGAGUCGCUCGGACGUGGACUCCCCGUCCGAAGUGAACGUGCGGUUCUGCCGGCUCGCACCGCGCACGGGCUGGGGCCGCGGCCGGGGUCAGGAUCGGAUCCGGCCGCGAGAAACGCGCUGGUCCGAGGGCUACAUGAGGAUGAUCCGGUUCUACGCCGUGACGGGCUGGGACACGCUCCGGCACCUGGGCUACGAGUGGUGGAUGCGCAUGGACGACGACUCGUUUUUUCUCUCCAACAUCGAUUACAACGUCUUUGACGCGAUGCGGGGCGGCGGGUACGUCUACGGGUUCCGCGCGCUGUCGCGCGAGUGCGACCGCAUGUUCGGGGCCUUCGUGGACGUGUACCGGGAGGACCACGGCCUCCCGCCGUUGCUGGACGACGGGACGAUCUUCUGCGAGCGGGUCCCGAAGCACUGUUCGCGCGACGGCCGGCCGCUGCGGCGCCAGACGCGCCGCGCCGCGUCGCGCCGACGCGGAGCGCGACCUGAGAUUCGAUGGCCGCGCAGGUUCCGCGCGCGGCCCUACUGCGAGGGCCCCGGCCGCGUCGGCUUCUACAACAACUGGUUCGUGUCUUCGAUCGAGUGGUGGACCUCGGAGCCGGUCUCGAAAUUUCGGCGGGCCUUCGACGCGUCGGCCUUAAUCUUUAGCCACCGGCACAACGACCUCAUCUUUCAGAGCGCCGCCGUGCGGCUGUUGUUAGCUCGCGAGAGGUGGCGGCGGUUCGCCGACUUUUCGUACCAGCACCACACGGUACGCGACGGCAGGGUCACGUGGGGCGGCCUGGAGACGGGCUACGACGACCCCGACGCCAAGCGGACGGUGACGGACUACCUUAGGCGGUGGCACGCGCACAACCCCGUCUCGUCCAAGAAAUGCCGCGUGCAGCUGACGCGGAACGACUCCCGCUUCUACGACGUCGCCUACGUGCCGCACGGGCGGACGCGGUGGGGGGUCCCCGCGGCGCCCUACUGCCCGAAGGCGGGCCGGGCGCCGCUCUGGUAAGAGUGUAGCCGCCCCGGCCUGCGUCGAGGCGUCGCAGCGGGGCUGCUCUCGCCUCUACGCCACCGCUGGCACACAGUUCUCAGUGUCGCGUCGACGGCCGCACAGCAAGGCGACAUGUCCAGGCGCGUGGCCUAGAAAUCGUCGGGCAUGCGAACUUGAAGUCAAGGUGGAUAGUCUUACACCGGAUUUGGAGCUCCGAGUCCAGUCACGGUCACUGUAGGUACCUAGUGCAUCCGAGUCUCGCGACCGAGCAAGUGUAGUAGUAGCCUGAGUAUACUAGUAGACUCAAAUUUAGAGAGUCACUGAGUGGG